AUGCUGUUGCAAAGGGAGUGGAAUGGAACUUGUGGCCCCUCGACAACUAUAAAGAGGUCCAAAUUUAACCAUCGUACGGUAAAAAAGAGAUCUUUAUUUAUGAUGCAUAAGAAACUUUCUAUGGUUAGGUUUCGGUAUAGAAUUAUAAAAUCCCCGGAACUACUUUGUUCAAGAGGCAAAACCUCUAAAUUGAGAAAAAUCAAGCCGAGGUGGGUGGAGAAAGUUACUAGGGACCAUCAAGAGACGCUCCAGCAGGAUUUUGAAAGUGGAUUGUGUAACUGGCCCUCCUACUGGAAAUCUAAAAGUAAUCAUCUUUGGAACCGGUACAGUUUAUCAGAUAUGAACAAUAAUACACCCAAAUCUUUAGGUGAGGAGAAUGAAGUACGUGCACCUGAGAUCUGCUGUACACAGGGUGCGUUACCGUGUGCUGAGCUGCGUUCUGAGGAGCCAGAAUCCGGAGGGCAGGACGGCAGUGGGGAUGCAGAACUGCCAGAACUGCGUGCUGGAGCUUCUCCGGAGGCAGAGACCUUGCACCAGGCGGAGACCAACGGGGCUCUGCUGGAGGAUCAUUGCUCUGACAUUUUUGUCUCUGUGACUGAAAAAGGAAUUGCUGUUUCAGAUCGAGAUGACACAGAAUCUAAUGAGGUUAUGGGUGUAGAUGGAAUGAUACUGUUGCAAUCCUCCUUGCAGGAUUCUGAUGUCAAUGAUAAUUUUGCAAAUGGACCUUUAUCCAUGGAGCUGGCACAAAAUGAGGACAGCUCUAGCCAAAUGGAAGUAGAGGGCUCCUUAAACCUGGACAUUUUUAGUGCAAAGUUACUAGAUCACCCUUACUGUAAAAGUCCUCUUGAGGAGCCUUCACCGGAAAGCACAGGACUGAAAUCAGGAACUCGGAAGGGAGGCAAAAGGAACAGUCAGAAAGCUUCCCGGGUGGCUGAUGAGCAGUUGGCAACGUGGCUUUGUGGAUUCCUAGAUGAAGUUAUGAAGAAAUAUGGCAGUUUAGUUCCACUCUGUGAAAAAGAUGUCAUGGGAAGAUUAAAAGAAGUCUUUAAUGAAGAUUUCUCCCAUAGAAAACCUUUUAUCACCAGGGAAAUCAUGAAGUAUCGGGAAAAACAUCCAAAAUCCUCCACUUGCAAUUUCCGGGUCUUCUAUAAUAAGCACAUGCUAGAUAUGGAUGAUUUAGCUACACUGGAAGGCCAGAACUGGCUGAAUGACCAGAUAAUUAACAUGUAUGGUGAACUCAUAAUGGAUGCAGUCCCUGAAAAGGUUCAUUUCUUUAACAGCUUUUUUCAUAGACAGCUCGUAACCAAAGGAUAUAAUGGGGUGAAACGAUGGACUAAGAAGGUGGACUUGUUCAAAAAGACUCUCUUGUUAAUUCCUAUUCACCUGGAAGUCCACUGGUCCCUCAUUACUGUGAACAUCCCCAGUCGAAUUAUUUCAUUUUAUGAUUCCCAAGGCAUUCAUUUCAAGUUUUGUGUAGAGAACAUUCGAAAGUAUUUGCUGACUGAAGCAAAAGAGAAGAAUCACCCCGAGUUUCUUCAGGGUUGGCAGACUGCUGUGACAAAGUGCAUUCCACAACAGAAAAAUGACAGUGACUGUGGGGUUUUUGUGCUCCAGUACUGCAAGUGCCUCGCCUUAGACCAGCCUUUUCAGUUCUCCCAGGAAGAUAUGCCCCGAGUGAGAAAAAGGAUUUACAAGGAGCUGUGUGAAUGCCAGCUAAUAGACUAAUAAAAUGCAGCCAACCUAAUUUCUCUGGCAUUUCUGACAAGUUGCAGCUGGUGUUUGUGUACUUGAAUUUCUGAAAACUUCCGUGAAUUUUGAGCGAUUCUCAGCUGAGUGGUGUGGCCACUGUUGUUACCUCAAUUUUUUGACAAGCUCUUUAACUGGCAGAACAUAGCAGAGCUGCCAUAAAAUAUUCCUUAUGUCAGUUUGGUUCUUUUAUGUUCUUUCCUGUAUUUAAUAUUUAUUAUCUCAGCAUGCAUAUAGGCAAAGCAUGCAACUAAAACCAUAAAACUGUAGAUUUGGUGCACCUUUGAGAUGUAGCUAGAAAUGACAAAUACAGGUGAUUUUGUCUGGAAACAUGAAGAUGCAUGGUAUGUUUUCUGAUGCAAUAAUGCUUUGAAUGUAUCAAAAAAAAAUCAAUGCCAUAAAAAGAACAGUUAGAACCUAUUUGAUAGUUCCAUUGUCCCUGUUGUGGGUGUAUAAUACUGAAUUACCAAUUUUUAGGGUGGCUAACCUCAUUUACAGAUUUAAUUUGAGACCCCUUUUUAAAUAGUUCAAGUUGCUAAUAAAGUUUGUUCUGUUAAGAUUUAUCCAACUGCCAUUGUCAGCCUGUCCCUAUAGAUAAAAGCAGCCUUUGCACAAAUAAAGCUUCAGCACUUGUCUGUAUAAUAAAGAGUACAAAGGUGUUCAGUCAGUCAGAUUGAUGGGAUGUUCCUAUAUGCUGCAGAAGUCUCCAUGAUGUGUGUAUUAAGGAGAAUUAUAAAGCUGGCCCUGAAGAGCCACAGCUUAGAUACUAAGGUAAACUCCUUGGCUGUAACUGUUUAAAUCUCAGAUGGCUUUGACUCAUUUUUCAAUUCCACAAUAUGCAGUGAAAUGUACCUUUUUGGCAUCUCUCCCUUCGGCUCUGUCUUCAAAUGAACUCAAGCUUGUUGUGUUUAACCUCCCGUUGGCUUUUGCCUUUGUUCAAAUAUAAAUUAAUUCAUUUCUGCUGCA